AUGGAUUCCACCACAGACAGCCCACUGCCGACUGCGGACGGUGUCAGUCCUGCCAACAGUGUGAGUCCUGCCAACAGCUGCGGCUCGACUCUGGCCGACAAGCACGCCGAAUCCGACCGCGAGGUGACACACUUGGCUCGAACUUUCAGUGAGCGGUCGAGGCAAACGAAUAAUCAGCUCCCUUUCGCCGCAUCAAAAGACGCGUCUCUCGAUCCCCACAGCCGCCGAUUCAAUGCCAGAGCCUGGGCCAAAGCGUUCUAUGAUGUCCGAUACAACUCGACCGAUGCGCCGCCACCACGAGUGUCCGGUGUUGCUUUCAAGGGCCUCAAUGUGGCAGGCUAUGGGAGCCCCGUCGACUAUCAGAUGAGUGUGGGAAAUGCGUUUCUGAAGCUACCCACCCUCGCGCGACAGUGGCUGGGUGGGAAGAAACAGCGGAUCGAGAUUCUUCGAGACAUUGACGGGCUGCUCCUUCCCGGAGAACAGCUUUGCGUCCUCGGGCCCCCGGGGUCAGGCUGUUCUACCCUACUGAAGACCAUUGCACAGGAAACUUACGGCUUCGAAGUCGAUCCGUCAUCGUCCAUCAACUACCAGGGCGUUACCCCGAAACAGAUGUCCACGCAGUUCCGCGGCGAAGCGAUAUACACGGCCGAGGUCGACGCCCACUACCCCCAGCUCGUCGUCGGAGAUACUCUCUACUUUGCCGCCCUUGCUCGCACCCCUCGCCAAAUCCCUGGGGGCAUGAGUCGCCAGGACUACGCUACCCACCUACGCGAUGUUAUCAUGUCAACCUUCGGCAUCAGCCAUACCAUCAACACCAAGGUCGGGAAUGACUUCGUUCGAGGGGUCAGCGGAGGCGAGAGGAAGCGGGUCACAAUCGCAGAAGCGGCAUUGAGCUAUGCCCCUUUGCAGUGCUGGGAUAAUAGCACGCGUGGGCUGGAUAGUGCGAAUGCGGUUGAGUUCUGCAGGACUCUGCGCACGCAAGGAGAUGUUUUUGGCGUCACUUCGUGUGUGGCCAUCUACCAGGCUCCUCAGGCAGCAUACGAGAUCUUCAACAAAGUUACUGUUCUCUAUGAGGGGAGACAGAUUUACUUUGGACCUGCAACGGAAGCCAAGGACUAUUUUGAACGGCUUGGGUUUGUUUGUCCGGAAGCGCAAACAACGCCUGACUUUUUGACCUCCAUGUCAAGCCCAGUUGAGCGCAUCAUCCGUCCAGGACACGAGAAUCAGGUGCCUCGGACCUCCGACGAAUUUGCGCGGCGCUGGAAAGAGAGCCCUGAGCGCCAGGCUUUGAUCCGUGAUAUCGACCAGUACAACACCGCUCAUCCCUUCAACGCGACCGAUCUGCAUCUCUUCUCAUCAUCGCGUGACGCGGAGAAGUCGAAGAAACAACGGACGACAUCUCCCUAUACUUUGUCAUACUGGGGUCAGAUCCGGCUCUGUUUAUGGGGGGCCUUCCGACGGUUGAGGAACGACCCCAGCGUGCCCGUGGCCAUGCUCAUCGGAAACGUCUUCGAAGCCUUGAUUAUAGCCAGUAUCUUUUACAACCAGCCUAACAAUACGACCUCGUUCUUCUCUCGUGGCGCUCUGCUGUUCAUGAUGGUCCUGCUGAGUGCCUUUUCCAGCAUCCUCGAAAUUCUCUCGCUGUACGAGAAACGCACAAUCGUCGAGAAACACGACAGAUAUGCCCUCUAUCAUCCCAGCGCGGAGGCCAUCGCUUCAAUGAUCGUCGAUAUGCCGUACAAAAUUGUGAACUCCCUGCUCACCGGCCUGACUUUGUAUUUCAUGGGCAAUCUACGGCGUGAGCCUGGCGCGUUCUUCUUCCUGUACCUGAUCGCGUUUAUGAUGAUGAUGUCGAUGUCGAUGUUCUUCCGGUUCUUUGCGUCUAUCACAAAGUCGAUUGAGCAAGCGCUUGCGCCUUCUGCAAUCAUCCUGCUGGCGUUGGUAUUGUACACCGGUUUUGCCAUCCCGGUCUCUUACAUGCGCGGCUGGGCCUCCUGGAUCCGGUGGCUCAAUCCGAUCUCGUAUGGAUUCGAAGCGGUUAUGGUCAACGAAUUUGACGGUCGCGAGUUCCCCUGUGUCGGAUUCGUUCCCUCUGGACCUGGCUAUGAGAAUGUUUCACCAGACCAAAAGGUCUGCUCGACGGUUGGCGCCACUCCAGGGUCAGACGUUGUGCAGGGCACGGCCUUUGUUCGCUCCGCAUACGGUUAUGAGUAUAGUCAUCGCUGGCGAAACUUUGGGAUCAUCCUUGCUAUCACCUGUUUUCUGGCCGUCUGUCACUUGGUCACGACUGAAAUCGUUGCUUCUCAGCGCUCCAAGGGGGAGGUGCUUGUGUUCCGUCGUGGAAAGGCGCACAAGGCCCACGCCAAGCGACUGCAGACUGAUGAAGAGCAGGUGCCAGCACCUGUGGCUCAGAGCGAGAAGACUACACCAGAAGAGCCUGGCGUGGUUUCCGGCGUGGAGAAGCAGUCUUCCAUAUUUCACUGGGAAGAUGUGACAUUCGACAUCAAAAUCAAAGGCGAACCGAGGCGCAUCCUCGACCGCAUUGACGGCUGGAUUCGCCCGGGAACUUUGACAGCACUCAUGGGCGUGUCCGGUGCCGGCAAGACUACUCUUCUGGAUGUAUUGGCGAAUCGCACCACGAUCGGAGUCGUCGGAGGCAACAUGUUUGUUGAUGGCCACUCUCGCGACGAGUCCUUCCAACGAAAAACUGGCUAUGUCCAACAACAAGACCUUCAUCUGCACACUUCGACCGUCCGGGAAGCAUUGGAGUUCAGUGCUCUUCUCCGCCAACCGCCGCAAUAUACCAAGGCCGAGAAGCUCGCCUAUGUUGACUCAGUCAUUGACCUGCUGAACAUGACAGACUACGCGGACGCCAUUGUUGGAGUUCCAGGCGUGGGGCUCAAUGUCGAACAGCGAAAACGCCUUACCAUCGGUGUUGAGCUGGCUGCUCGUCCCAAGUUGUUGCUCUUCCUAGACGAGCCUACCUCUGGCCUGGAUAGUCAAACCUCGUGGUCAAUUUGCAAUCUCAUGGAGACAUUGACCAAGAAUGGCCAAGCGAUCCUCUGUACCAUCCACCAGCCUUCGGCCAUGUUGUUCCAGCGCUUCGACAGACUCCUUCUGCUGGCGGGCGAGGGAAAGACAGUGUACUUUGGUGAGGUUGGUCAAGGAGCAAGCACGCUCAUGGACUACUUUGUCCGCAAUGGUGGUUCGCCUUGCCCCCCAGGUGCUAACCCGGCAGAGCACAUGCUUGAGGUCAUUGGGGCUGCACCAGGCGCUCACUCAGACAUCGACUGGCCUGAAGUUUGGAGGAGCAGUGCCGAGUACCAGGAGGUACGAAGCGAGCUUGCACAACUGAGAGAGCUGGCAAACCAUCCAUCCCCGGUCUCCGAUCCAAAUGACAAAUCCAGCUAUACUGAGUUUGCAGCCCCUUUCUCCGAACAGUUCAUCCAGGUCGGACGUCGAGUAUUCCAGCAAUACUGGCGCGACCCGUCAUAUAUCUGGUCGAAAGUGUUGUUGACCGUUGGAUCGUCCCUCUUCAUCGGAUUUUCGUUCUUCAAAAUGGACAACACCCGGCAAGGACUACAAAACCAGAUGUUCGGCGUCUUUGUCUUCCUCUUCGUUACCGUCCAACUUGUUAUGCAAAUCAUUCCUGUGUUCGUCACGCAGCGAAAGCUCUACGAGUCCCGCGAGCGGCAAUCCAAAACGUAUGCAUGGCAGGCGUUCAUGAUGUCGAAUAUAACUGUUGAGUUCUUCUGGAAUACGAUCAUGGCUAUCUUCUGCUUCCUCACUUGGUUCUACCCCGUCGGCCUGUACCAGAACGCGGAGUACACAGACACCGUCCACUCCCGGAGCCUUCUGACCGUGCUCAACCUCUGGGCCGUCUUCCUCUUUGCCAGUUCGCUGGCGCACAUGCUCAUCGCCGGCAUUGAGGUCGCGGAGAUAGCAUCGUCCUUGUCCAACAUCCUUUUCAUCAUGAUGUACGCCUUCUGCGGUAUCCUUGCCGGCCCCGACGCCCUCCCUGGCUUCUGGAUAUUCAUGUAUCGAGUAAAUCCGUUUACUUACCUGGUGGGGUCUCUGCUGGCUACCACGCUUGGUGAUGCGCCCAUGCACUGCGCCGACAACGAGAUCUUGUCGUUCCAUGCGCCGGAGGAACAGACUUGUCAGGAGUACACGGAAGCGUACCGGUCUUUGGCUGGGGGAUACAUCCUUAACCCGGAUGCGCGAGGCAGCGAGCAGUGUCAGUACUGUUCACUCGACAACACGAAUCAGUAUCUGGCCGGACUCAGCAUCGACUACGGCAACCGCUGGCGCGACUUUGGUUUCUUGUGGGUUUAUAUUGUCUUCAACACUGUCGUCGCCGUUGCUCUCUACAAGCUAUUCCGGGUACCUAGAACGAAGAAGGGACAGUAA